AUGGCGUCUUCUACGGCCUUCUCAGCCUUUGGUGUCACACCAGCCCAUAACUUCGACAAGCACACGCCCUAUUUCUCUGACUUUGGAAAGGGAGCGCCACCCUACCGUUCCAAAGUCUCUCCAACAGACUUGAAACUGUUUUCCAGUCUUCCCGCAUCCUAUGAUCCCUCAACCCAGUGGCUCGACGGCCUUUCACCACUCCAUCCGCACUUCAACGAUGCCACCAGGAUUCAGUCCAUAGUCAAUGAAAUCAAAGACGAAGUCCUCGGCUUCGCCCUGGAGGGCUGCCGCCUGAUCCUCGACGGCAUCGCCCCCUCGGAAGAGCCCAACCACGACCUGCUGUCCAGGUCCCUCUCCCAGAACCCAAACCUAUGGCGCGCCGUCCUCAUGGCGCAGCACUACGGCGUCAUCUACUUCAUGUCCCGCGCCGACGCCCGCGGCGACUCCGGGUGCCACCUCCUGAUGGAGCAGCACCGGGCCACGGCGGACGCGAUCGACUUCUUCCUCAGCAGACCCCACGGCGCCGCGGGCACCAGGGCCAUCAACUACGCGGUGCACGCGUACGUCACGCGCGGCGGCCUCACCGCCGACUCGGCCACGGCCUGCGUGCCCCCCAACGCCAUCUCGGCCGCGGGGCCCCGCCACGUCGUCGUCCGGGAGGCAGACUUCUCCGGGCGUGACCCUGUGGCGGACGUCCUCGCCACCCGGACGCCCAUGUGGGACCUGCACGACCUCGCGCACCUCAGCUGCGCCACCCUCUGCGAGGGGCUGUACGGCAACAAGUACCAGGACCACCUGGUGCGCCUCCCCCGGCGGCUGACGGCGCUCGUCCGCAGCCCCGGGAUGCGCACGGCGGCCGGGCCGUGGGCGUCGGACGGCCUGGUCUUCAGCGAGCUGCUGACGAAGCUGUACACGGACGCCGUCGCGGAUGACACGCAGCAGCAGCAGCAGCAGCUGACGUACGCGGGCCUGGUGGCGGCUCUGGCCCGCGCGCUGGCGGACUACCUGCUCGGCGAGCGGUCCCUCGUGCACCCGUCGACGGGGCGCGCGCUCCGGCUGAGCAAGCCCGUCUCAGCGACCGAGCUCGCGGUGCUAGCACAGAACAAGAGCUACGAGCUGCCGGCCAGCGAGAUCGAGCAGCGCGUCUUCACCCGCGGCGGGCCGCCCGGCGCGGAGGAGGACGUGCUGGGGCGCCUGUCGGCGCGGGGCCGGGCGGCGUGGCUGGCGCAGAGCAGGAGCUGGGGGUACUUUGAGGUGCGGAACACGAUCAAGCACCGGGCCCACAAGGAGGCGUACCGGCUGGUGUGUGAGACGCUGAUUGCGCGGGCCGGUGGUGACGAUGAUGGGGAGGAGAAGGAGUUGUUGGGCAAAGUCAUGGCGAAUAUUCUGUAUGAGGACUGGAUGGACGGGGAGAGGGUCAAUCUUUGGGACCUCCUGUAA